ACUACUUAGUUAGAGUCCACAGUGAACAUGCAGGCGUCAGUCCACCCUGCUGUCCUCUCCCGUCCACGGCCGCUGCUGCCACGCAGACACCAACACGAGCGGCGGAAAAAGCUCACGACUCACCACAAAUAACCGUCCGACUCCCAAACACAUCUGAGUAGAAAGAAAUCUCAUGACUUGACCUGGAAACCUGCCGAUGUAAAAGGACGCGAGGAAAGCGCAGCUACAGAGGAACUCUUAAUAAAUGAGCUGAAGUGUCAAAAGGAUUUCCUCCUCUCUUCGGUCUCGGGGUUUCUUCUUGUUGGCGUGCAGGAAGGACGCGUGCUUCACUGGACUCGGCCAGCGAAUUCGCAGGCUGAUGAAACACUUUGCCAAUGCCUUUUCUUUGCUUUACCGCAACCCAACGAGAAACCUGCUAAACAUCACAGUAGCGCAGUGGGGAUGGACAUUCGCUUUGACAUCUUGGUUAUGCACGGGUUCCAAUUGCCAUGCUUUUGCAUGCCCGCUUUUGUGAAAUGCAUCACUGCUGCUCGCAAUUCCUGCUAGUCUGACUUUUUUUUAAAGAGCGGCGGAUGCUCCAAAUGUGUCUCCAUCUGUCUGCAUGAGGGAUGGCGACCAAACCACGCCAAGUCCAAGAGUGGUUAUCUACACGUUCGCACCUGUUCGGCUGGAUAAUGACAGUUUAUGCCACAGGUGAAUGAAUUUCGGCUCAGUUUCUCCUAACAGUGUUUUGAAGCUGUUUUUCUGACUCCGGCAUUCGGAUCGAGCUUGUUGCACAGUGGCAAUGGAUCUCAAAGUAGAUCCCGAAGAAAUGGACACAAAUCAACCUCCACCCAUAGAAGUUUUUGCGCACAGCUCGACUCUGCACGGAAUCUCUCACAUUUUCACGUACGAGCGGUUCUGCGUCAAACGCAGCCUGUGGGUCGUGUUUUUCUUGGGGUCUCUGGCCUUCUUGCUGUACGUGUGCGUGGACCGGAUCAACUUCUACCUCGAGUACCAGCACGUCACCAAACUGGAUGAGGUCACGACCCCGAUCAUGACGUUUCCAGCGGUCACCUUUUGCAACCUGAACGCGUUCCGCUUCAGCCAGGUGACGCGCAACGACCUGUACCACGCAGGGGAGCUGCUGGCCCUGCUCAACCAUAGGUAUGAGAUCAGGGACAUACAUCUUGUGGAGGAGAGCGUCUUGGAGAGCCUAAAGGUCAAAGCCGAUUUCCAUAAUUUCAAGCCGCGUCCCUUCAACAUGCUUGAAUUCUACGACCGCACCGGCCACGACAUCAACGACAUGCUGCUCGCCUGCCACUUUCAUGGCACAGAGUGCAGAGCGGAGGACUUCAAAGUAGUCUUCACCCGCUACGGGAAGUGUUACACCUUUAACGCCGGCGGUGAUGGACGCCCUCCCCUACUUACCACCAAGGGAGGUAUGGGUAAUGGACUCGAGCUCAUGCUGGACAUUCAGCAGGAUGAAUACCUGCCUAUCUGGGGAGAAACAGAUGAGACUUCAUUUGAAGCUGGGGUCAAAGUUCAGAUCCACAGUCAGGACGAGCCGUCCUUCAUUGACCAGCUUGGGUUUGGAGUGGCGCCCGGGUUUCAGACGUUUGUUUCCUGCCAGGAACAGAGGCUGAUUUAUCUUCCGCCUCCCUGGGGAGACUGUAAGGUGACGGCCAUGGAUUCAGACUUCUUUGACAGUUACAGCAUCACAGCCUGUCGCAUCGACUGUGAAACACGCUACCUGGUGGACAACUGCAACUGUCGCAUGGUGCACAUGCCUGGCGAUGCUCCCUACUGCACCCCCGAGCUGUAUAAAGAAUGUGCUGACCCAGCUCUUGACUUCCUGGUGGAGAGAGACAAUGAUUUCUGUGUGUGUGAGACGCCGUGCAACAUGACUAGAUACAGCAAAGAGCUGUCUUUCGUCAAGAUCCCCAGCAAGGCCUCCGCUAAAUAUCUGGCCAAGAAAUACAACAAAUCUGAGCAUUAUAUUAAAGAGAAUAUUCUGGUUUUGGACAUCUUUUUUGAGGCACUCAACUAUGAGACUAUUGAACAGAAGAAGGCUUAUGAAGUGGCUGGACUUUUAGGUGAUAUCGGUGGUCAGAUGGGACUUUUUAUCGGAGCAAGCAUACUCACCAUUCUGGAGCUUUUUGACUACCUUUAUGAGGUGAUAAAGUACAAGUUGUGUCGCUGCUCCGAUAAGAAGCACAACAACAACAACAACAACAACGACCAGGGGACGGUCCUGAGCUUAGACGACGUCAAGUGUCACGUCAGUAACUUUCAUUAGGCUUCAGUGGCCGCGAGGAGGGAGCCGCUGCACUCUCUCGUCUCUGAGCGCUUUCAUCGACUUUGUGCGUCGCAGUUUUUCAGACUGCAGGAGCAAACAGAGCAAAGUGUCUUCAACUGUGCCUGGUAACGGUUUGUGGAAACAGCAUGUGGCUGAAGUGAGGAGAAGCCACACAGACAGCAGGACAGCAGAACGUGAUGAAUUCAUAAAUGUCAGAAUAAGUGCAUGGUCAUCUGUAAACAGCUUCUCAAGACUAAGUAACAGAUGCAGUACAUGGGGGCAUUAACUGAGCUGAGUUUAUAUGUGUUCAGUAAAUCAUCAUUAGAAAUCCCAGCUGUGGGGUGGCGUUUGUCAUUUGUCAAUCUGAAGGAUGUCUUUGUAAAAUAAUUGAUAUGAAAGUUUGUUUUUUUACUCACAAAAUGUUAUUAUUUUAGUUUUUUUAAGUAUUUGAAUGUCAGUGCUGCACAUUCGUUUCACUUUUGCUUUUGAGGUUUGCUUUCAUCACCCUUUUGUUCUCGACUUUUCCACCAACUUUCCAUUUUUAUUUUCAUGCCAUCCAACUUUAUCCAUGUUUUUCUUGUUAAAACCUGAGCAUUUUGCCAAUAUACUGUACUACCUCAUCUUGUAGGGGGACAGUGCCCUUAAUAAUUUACAAGCCAAGCAAAUUAUUAAUUUAAAAAAGGUCAUUUACAUGUUUAGAAAUGAGCAGAGUAGGUUGAAAAAAACAUCUGGCCUUAAAGUGAGUCCACGUAACAGUUGCUGAGCAGCAGUCAAAGGUCUUUUUAAACAGAAGACACUUUGAAAUAUCCCAGUAGGAAUAUCAAAGGUAUAAAUAAUUAAAUGAAUGAUGGCGGAAUUCCAGUUAGCCGCUUCAGUUGCAGGGUCCAUGUGUGAAUAGAACAGAGCCACUAUUAAUUGUGUUAAUAAUAACUUUGUUUUUCCUGCUAUAACAAAUCAAAAUGUCUGCUAAGAAAAGACCACAACGAAGGGACAUGUCCAGGAUCAUAGUAAAUGCUUGUAUGUAGUGUAGUGCAGCAGGAUCUAAAUCAAGUUUGCUAACAUUAGCCACCAUAAGCUACUACAGUGAGGGAAAAAAGUCUUUGAUCCUCUGUUCAUUCCGUACAUUUGCCCACAGACAAAGAAAUGAUCCGUCUAUAAUUUUAAUGGUAGAUUUAUUUGAACAGUGAGAGACAGAAUAACAACAAGAAAAUCCAGAAAAAUGCAUGUUAAAAAUGUUAUAAUUUGAUUUGCAUUUUAAUGAGGGAAAUAAGUAUUUGACCCCCUCUCAAUCAGAAAGAAUCCUGCAGUGCCCACAAGGUCCCCCUGCUCAAGAAAGCACAUAAACAUGCCCGUCUGAAGUUUGCCAAUGAACAUCUGAAUGAUUCAGAAGACAACAGGGUGAAAGUGUUCGGAUGAGACCAAAAUGGAGCUCUUUGGCAUCAACUCAACUCUCCAAACAAAGUUUGGAGGAGGAGGACUGCUGUCUAUAACCCCAAGAACAUCAUCCCCACCGUCAAACAUGGAGGUGGAAACAUUAUGCUUUGGGGGACAGGACAACUUCACCGCAUCAAAGGGGCGAUGGACAGGGCCAUAUAUCGUCAAAUCUUGGGUGAGAACCUCCUUCCCUCAGCCAGGGCAUUGAAAAUGGGUCGUGGAUGGGUAUUCCAGCAUGACAGUGACCCAAAACACACGGUCAAGGCAACAAAGGAGUGGCUCAAGAAGAAGCACAUUAAGGUCCUGGAGUGGCCUAGCCAGUCUCCAGACCUUAAUCCCAUAGAAAAUCUGUGGAGGGAGCUGAAGGUUCGAGCCAAACAUCAGCCUUAAAACCUUAAUGACUUGGAGAAGAUCUACAAAGAGAAGUGGGACAAAAUCCCUCCUGUGAUUGCCAACAAGGGUUUUGCCACCAAGUACUUAGUCAUGUUUUUGAUAAGGGGUCAAAUACAUAUUUCCCUUAUUAAAAUGCAAAUCAAUUUAUAACAUUUUUGACAUGCGUUUUUCUGGAUUUUUUUGUUAUUUUGUCUCACUGUUAAAUAAGGCAAGUAAAUUUACCAUUAAAUUACAGACUGAUCAUUUUUGUAUACAAAAUCCUCUUUUUUUCCCUCACUGUAGCUAUAAGAUGGCAGACCAAGUCAGGCUGUAGCAGCAGAAUCCCUGAGUGUACUAAACUGAAUUAAGAAGAGUUGGACUUUUGGGAAAUGAGUUUAUUAGCUUUCUGGCAGAGAGAUAAAAGAGCGGUAUCAAUCGUCUCAUCUGUCUCCACUAGAGAGAGAAAAGAAAACUUUUGCUUUAAACACUCAGUAUUAUGAAGAACAUAAAGUUAAAUGAGCUCAACAAGAACUUUAAGAUGAAAACGAUGGAUGUAACCCAUGUUAUAAACAAUUGUUUAAAACGCUCUUUUCCAUGUGGUGCUACAUAAUCUAAUUUGCCUUCAAAUUCCCUCAUAAUGACAAUCACUGUCCCUCAUGUAUUUGACAAGAGUUCAAAAAGGAUUUUUUUUAGGGGCCAUCGUACGUUUGUACUUGUAGAUGCUGUUCAUCACAUUCAAGGGGAAUUUACAUUUGGUAAAAUCAAAUUAAUGAGUAUGUUGAAUGUGUUUUGCCAUCUUAUAGGGCUCUAAGUUGCAUGUAUAGUAGCUCUAAUAGGCGUCUUAAA